GGUGAAUUAAAGUUUCGAACUGGCAGUCGCUCUUAGUGCAGGUGGCAUAUAUAUGCGUCCGGCUUUGUGCCCCUCACUCUCCUAGUCGCUUACACUGUGUUCAACUUGUGGAAGUCCAUGCUCGAGGCAAUGAUACGCACGGAAACGUUAAAGGCUUGUCGCAUGGGAGGAGCAGCUUGGUGGAAACAACGGAGGAUAGAGGAUUCGGUCAACAAGUCUGUUUCAAAAGCCUUUCGUCUGGUAACAACAGUUUCAUCGUGGAAACAGCAGAAAACAGAAAGUGGUGUUGACAGUGCCUUACUUUACCCUGCACAUUCCAUGUGCUUUGAUCUUUUCCCGCUCAGAACAAUGAGUACUACUGUUUACUCUCCAGACGACAGUCAUGUGAGGUGGCGGUUUCCGGUCGAUGACAGGACGAGGGACAUGUUCAUGAAGAUUCAUCAUGGUGUUUUGAGCCAAAUCAUGAUCGUCACUCUCAAUGCAGCUUCACCAAUCACCCAGGAAUUGAUGGAGGAAGCGCUCAAUAUUCUCUACGACAAAGUUGAAUCAUUGAGGAUCUGUUUCCGACUUCGUCAGAAUACUCUGUGGGUUGCAGAUAUGCCUAACCGCCUGAUGGAUUUUAAGUCCGUCAGCGGGGAUGACCUGUGGAAGCACAUUUUCCACUUGUCCAGCUCUUCAUUUGACAUCCACAACGGGCCUUUGUGGAAGGUUCGGCUGAUGACCUCUCCACCAGAUUCACCUUGUCAUUUCCCUAAAGUAAAAGAAAAGUUUCCAUAUCAGCAUAAGCUCUUGCUGUCCUUGCAUCACGCAGCCAACGAUGGCAGGGCCCUGAUGCUUUUAACAGAGUCAUUAUUCAGAAUUUUAGACCACCUCCUUCAAGGUCUUCAUGUUGAUGGACAACAGAUUGGCAUAUUACGUGAUGGAAUCGAGGCUAGAGAGGAGGAACACAGGAUCAAAACUGCUUUGGAAAAUGAUCCAGUGCGGCUAAAAGCAGCACUACGAGAACUUGAGUUGACCAAUCACGUGCCUCUCCUUGUUGAGGCUUUCGGUGCAGUGAGUGAAACAAGCCCCAGGACAAAUCUUCUUCCACCAAUUCAGUUUGAUGCAGAAGUAAUGAAAAGUAUUGAUCACAAGUGUCGUUCAUUCGGUGUCUCCACUAACGCGUUCAUGACUGCUGUCUUUAACACAGCCUUAGUUGAAGUAGUGCGUGAAGCAGGGCUAAAAAGGAGCAACUACCUGAUAUCAAGUAUUCACCCUGUUGACAGUCGCCGGCUUAUGGGAAAGACUUCAAAACCUGUGCUUGGUUACCAUACACAGCGAAUGGUCCAGAGCACUGUAACUCCUCAUGACGUAAAGGGUCGCUUUUGGGGUUAUUUGAAAGACCUGAACGCUGAACUCAGAGGAAAGUUGAAAAGAAAUUACAUGUGUGAACAAAGGGUUCUGCAUGCCAUGCUCAGAAGUGAAGGCUACAAUCAGGAGAUGCAAUACGCUCAUCCUCUGCCUCUCUCCCAUGACUACAUGCUCUCCAAUAUUCAUUCUCCAUUUGCUUUCCCUGGAGGAACUGGCACGUUAGCUCACAUAACGUCUAUGUCUAUGUACGUUAAGAUUCACAAAGAGAUAUUUCCACUAGGCUUAGGUUUCUUUGAUGUCCGUGGUAAAACAUUUUUGGAGUUAACUCACUCCACAGCAACUAUUAGCAAAAAAGUAGCUCACAGGCUACAUGAUAAAAUUGUUGUUGUUCUUCAUGACAUCUCCAGAGCAAUGACAUAGUCCAGAAAUGAUGCCAAGCAACUUGCUGUGGCUUCCAUUCAGUGUAAGAUAAACUAAAGGAAAUGUUUUUAAAAUAAACCUUAGACAAUAAAUGUUUACAGAUUAAAAUUAGAAUGGUUUGGUAGGGAACAUUUGCAAUCAUUAUGGAAUACACAGUGUUAGAGCGUCAUUCAGAGAUAAGGCAAACUAGGAAUCCUUCUUUUCUUUAUUAUUGGUAAACUCUGGAACUGUUUCUGUAUUCCAUCCUGUCAUUAACUUGGGAGGUUUCAAAAUUUAGAUAAUCCUUCUCUGACUGUACUUGAUAGGAAAUGGAUAGGGAAGAUGGGUGGAAGUUAUAGUAGAUGAUUCAGAUGACAAGGUAAUUAUGACAACUUCAAGAAGGAAAAGUUUCCAAAUUGAUUGCACUAUUGUAUGAUCAUAUUGCAUCAAACAUUAUCUGCUUUCAAUAUAUUAAUACAACAUAUCCAUGUCUGUGGCUACAUUUCUCAAACACCAGCUAUGUAUCAACCCUGCAACCUCAUGUCCUGGAAAACAUGACUACUGCGAUGACUGCUUGGUCCUCUUUACAGUGUGACAUUUUCUGAUAGUGUCUCAGUCUGGUGGAUCUAUGCGAGUGGUAACUCUUCCAUUGUCAUGGGGAAGAUGAGAAGUUCCGCAUCUAACUGAUCUCACUGAUAUUUGGAGAGAGGGCUCUUUCCCCAAGUAAUGAAGCUUUCAUGUUUGUGGAGGAGACUGGUCUUAAUGAAAAUAGUUUCUUUUUUAAAUAUUCUUAUAGUAACGACACAAUAUGAAGCAAAACUUCAACCGGGGAGGUUCAAUCCGGGGAGGGUCAGGAUUGGAUAUAAUGAUGAGGCAAGUGGUCAACGUCAGGUAGUUUUUUUUUUUUUUUUCCUCCUUUGUCUCAUAUCAGAUUCUAAGAGGGGUCGCAUGUUGUUCAUUGUCAAUGACAGUACAACCCAAAUGUAAAUGCCUGAGUCCUAGUACCUGGGUCAGUGAGGUCAGUGUCUUGGGCAUAUAACUUGCAACACCAGAUACCUGGGUCAGUGGUGUCAGUACCACCUCACUUGAAAUUAAUAUAUUCAAAUCCCAUCCACAU